GUACUUUCUUCAAAACCAUUCAAAUCAUUCACAACACAAUCACCAUGGACGAACACGAACAAGACAACCUCUCGAGCUUACCACUAGAGCUCCUCCUCUACAUCAUCAGCUUCCUCCCUUUCGAGUCCACGAGACUAAUCCCUUUCGUCUCCACACGGUGUAGGUCCGUUUGGAGCCAAGCCUUAGUCGUCGCUCACAUCCACAACGGCUCCAUCGAGGAGAUCUCUCACGCGUUAUCUAGCUUCAUCCACAACUUCAACGAAGACGAUCCGUCUAAAAACACUAGAAAAAUGGAGUUACACUUCGACAAGUCAACCUUCGUGUCAACUAUUCUCGGACCUCAUAACGUCAUGCAUAUGAACUUCUUCUCUAACGGUUCUAAGAAUGAAGAGAGCUAUUGCUGGCGAAUUGAGAUCAAAGAUCAGAUCCCGAGACGUGUCGAGCCAAGCGGUUUCUUGGUGAAGACGCUUUGUUUAGACUCGGUGGAUUCGUUAACCCACGAGGUGGUUUCCUCCAUGGUGUUGGAUUGUUCUUGGCUUGAGAACCUCAAGAUUUGUGGUUGCAAGGGUUUGACUUCUCUCACUAUUGAUUCACCAACUAAGCUUGUUCACUUGUCUAUCUCGGAUUGUCCGAAGAUGAGAUAUCUCAAUAUUAGAACACCGAAGCUUAAAACUCUUCAUUACCAAGGAUUUCUACCUUCGAUCAAGAUCCAUGAACAUUUUAACUUGACCAAUGCGAUUUUCAACGUAAGACAAGGCCCAAGCUAUUACAACAAUGCUUUAGACAUCGGUCCUCUCUUGCUGAUCAUCAAGAACUCUCAAUCUCUUACACUUUGCAGAUGGAUAUUCGAGGAACUAAUCAAACCGUCCAUAUCCUCUUCUUGGACAUCAUUUCAAUUCUACAAGUUACAUGAAUUGCGGUGGAUUGAUAACUCGAUGAAACAAGAAAACAUCAAUUCCCUGAUCUCUUUUCUCAAGGUUUGCCCUUCAAUCGAGCGCAUCUCCAUUACUAUCGAUUUGAAUACUUAUAGUUCAAAAGAAGACAUUAUUGUUGAUGCUGAACAUGAGAGCAAGCAUGCAAGAACACUAAAGAACUUAAAACUUCUCAAGUUGGAAGGAUCAAAGAGAGAAGACGAUAAGAAUCAACUGAUAUUGGCUAUGCAGGAGAUGGUCAAUAUCGAUCAGCCUCUCCUUAUACUGUCUUAACUCCCGAUUAGCUAGGAACGCGAGGGACAAAAGAUUUUAUGUCUAAAGAUACACGCAUGAACAUGCUCUAAUUAGGUCGCUGCCACACGUGGGUUUAUGUUUCUUGCGUUACAAGAAACCCUCUUCAAAACAAAAAUCAAACUUGGCUGUUUUGUCAGGAUUCACUGAUUAAUGAUGUUCACCAGUACCUAUAAUUAUAAUGUGUACUAUGAUAAUGACUUCCAA